CUGGUCUGAAACCGGUAGCGAGAAAUCUGGUAUUGAGUUGUGGUUUUGGGAUCAUUUCCUGAAAACAACGUGCCAUGAUUUAUCAUUUUUUUUUAAUUUUAAUUGAAAUUGAUAAUUUUUCUCUUAUUUGCUUUAAAAAAUUAUAAAAUUUUAUCUGCAAGCAGAUCAAUUUGAGUUUAUUCCUUGGAAUGUACUCUACUAUGUCUUAUUGGAUUCACGAGUUUGUGUCAGCAAUCAAUCAAUCAAGAUCCUUUGUUUCGGUUGAUUGCGGCAGGUGUUGACCAACCAUAUUUGCGUUGACUUGCUUUGGGGUUCUUGACUUCUGCAUAGAAAUUUGCUUAUGAGGGCAUUCUUUCAGUUAUUCAUGUGUAUGGAAUUGUCUCUCUGUCUUAGUGCAAUCAACAUGAUGGGUGCUGUUCAAACAAGUGUGUUUUUGUGAUGCAUAGGCAGAGAGCAAUGCAGUUGACAUUCAGACCGGUCCUUAUAAUUUUGGUGUUCUUCUUAGUGUUAUUUGGAUGUGUGACCGCAGAGUCUGAAAGCAGAAAUUUACAGAGGAUAAGAACUGCUCCUCGAAGAAAAGACAGUGUUAUAGAUGGAACUGGUACCGAGAAUACCUUAAGUUUUGAUGACAGCGAUAGUGCGCUGCAUGAGAGGAAGAGUAGUCACAGCAGAGUCUCGGUGUCUACUGUGGCUUUAUUUACAUUGGCAAUGGCUGCUGCCACUGGUUUAGGUGCAGUCCCAUUCUUCUUUGUGGAGCUUGAACCUCAAUGGGCUGGAAUAUGCAAUGGAAUGGCUUCUGGUGUGAUGCUGGCUGCAAGCUUUGACUUGAUACAGGAGGGACAGGGCCACAAUACAGGCAAUUGGGUUGUGAUUGGGAUUUUAUCUGGUGGUGUUUUCAUUUUACUUUGUAAAAAGUUUCUUGAACGAUAUGGCGAAGUAAGUAUGUUGGAUAUAAAAGGUGCAGAUGCAACUAAAGUUGUACUUGUCAUCGGCAUCAUGACUCUUCAUUCAUUUGGGGAGGGCUCUGGUGUUGGAGUUUCCUUUGCUGGCUCAAAAGGCUUUUCGCAAGGCCUUUUGGUAACUCUGGCUAUCGCUGUGCACAAUAUACCUGAGGGUUUAGCUGUGAGCAUGGUGCUUGCUUCUAGGGGCGUUUCUCCACAAAAUGCAAUGUUAUGGAGUGUAAUUACAUCCUUACCCCAGCCUAUUGUAGCAGUUCCAUCAUUUAUGUGUGCUGAUGCCUUUAACAAAUUCCUGCCUUUUUGUACCGGCUUUGCUGCUGGAUGUAUGAUCUGGAUGGUUGUUGCUGAGGUACUCCCUGAUGCAUUCAAGGAAGCAUCUCCGUCUCCAGUGGCUUCAGCAGCUACACUUUCUGUAGCUUUUAUGGAAGCUCUUAGCACUUUGUUUCAGAAUGUCAGCCAUGAUUACAAUUCACAGGAUGCGUCUGGAUUUUUUGUUUCAUUGCUUUUUGGCCUUGGGCCAUUGCUUGGUGGCAUGGUUCUUGUUUCUUUCGCUCUUGCUUUCCGACUUCAGCAUGCCCUUCUCAUGGGCACAGCCUCUGGCAUUGCCUUUGUCCUUGGUGGCUGGCGGCCACUGCAGCUACUUUUCACAGCAAAGAUGGGACUUAUUCCCCUUGUUUCUCUGCUUGCAGCGGGGGCUGCAUUUGUCCAUGUAUUGAGCAUCAGUGUAUUAAAACUUGCGGGUCGGAAGAGAAGUUCAGCAGUUACCUUGCCUACAGUAACUAGUUUUCCGGUGAGUGUUCUUUCCCUUCAGUCAUUCUUAUCAUGUGGAGCAGUGGCCUUCCACGCAUUGGCUGAGGGACUUGCACUUGGAGUAGCUGCACCUAAGGCUUAUGGACUUGGUCAGCACAUGGUCCUUCCUGUUUCCCUACAUGGGCUCCCUCGAGGUGCGGCUGUGGCAAGCUGCAUAUUAGGGGCUACUGACAGCUGGUCCAGCGCCCUUGCAGCAGCUGCUUUGAUUGGUUUCAUGGGUCCAUCAUCUGCCAUUGCCGCCAUAUUUGCUGGUAUUGACUACAGUGGUCUAGACCAUGUGAUGGUUUUCGCAUGUGGGGGAUUACUCCCGAGCUUCGUAAGAAUAGUACAGAGAGCGGUGAGUUUGGACAUGCGGAAAAGCAGUGGUGGGCUUGUUAUAGGAGUCGGAUUUGCUACUCUUUGUUUAACAUGCACCAAGUUGGUUUGCUUGCACACCCCUUAUUGCAACUCUGCACCAGAAGCUGUAAGAUGAGAUUAUCUUGCUAGAGCUCUUUGUUGAUAUACUCUUUGAGGUGCUCAUCAAUACGAUUGGUAGACAUGCUUUUUUUUUUUUUCCGGCAUAUAAGAUAGGCAACUGCCUUAGAUAGAGCAUACUCAUAAUGUGUAAAUCAGACCAUACGAAGAAGAGGAAGGAAAGUUGAGGAGGAUGAAGUACUCAAGUUUUCCUUUUUUCUGUUCAGAAUGGGAGGACAAAGUGUGGUCAGAGGGGGGUGAGGUUACCUUGUUUUAUUUCUGUUUAUACAAACACUUGGGUGUUAAACAAAAGAUUAAAGACCAUCAAUUUACAUUGAGACAAUAGAAAUGCUUUCCUUGCA